GGGGAGUGUGGCACUGAGCCGGCUCAGGCAAAGAAGCGGCACCAUGGCUGGCAAGAAAGUCUGCAUUGUAGGCUCCGGCAACUGGGGCUCAGCGAUCGCCAAGAUUGUGGGUAGUAAUGCAGCCCAGCUGGCACGCUUUGACCCUCAAGUGACCAUGUGGGUGUUUGAGGAAGAUGUCGGGGGCAGAAAGCUGACAGAGAUCAUCAACACACAGCAUGAGAAUGUCAAAUACCUGCCAGGACACAAGCUGCCCCCAAAUGUGGUGGCUGUCCCAGAUGUGGUCCAGGCUGCAACGGAUGCUGACAUCCUGAUCUUUGUGGUGCCCCAUCAGUUCAUUGGCAAGAUCUGUGACCAGCUCAAAGGCCAUCUGAAGGCGAAUGCCAUUGGCAUAUCUCUUAUUAAGGGGGUAGACGAGGGCCCCAAUGGGCUGAAGCUCAUCUCUGAAGUUAUUGGGGAGCGCCUUGGCAUUCCCAUGAGUGUGCUGAUGGGGGCCAACAUUGCCAGCGAGGUGGCUGAUGAGAAGUUCUGUGAGACAACCAUUGGCUGCAAGGACCUAGCCCAGGGACAGCUUCUGAAAGAGCUGAUGCAGACACCCAAUUUCCGUAUCACGGUGGUGCAAGAGGUGGACACAGUAGAGAUCUGUGGGGCCUUAAAGAAUGUAGUGGCUGUGGGGGCUGGCUUCUGCGAUGGGCUGGGCUUUGGCGACAACACUAAGGCGGCGGUGAUCCGGCUGGGGCUCAUGGAGAUGAUCGCCUUUGCCAAGCUCUUCUGCAGUGGCCCUGUGUCCUCCGCCACCUUCUUGGAGAGCUGCGGUGUUGCUGACCUCAUCACUACUUGCUAUGGAGGGCGGAACCGCAAGGUGGCCGAAGCCUUUGUCCGCACAGGAAAGUCCAUUGAGCAGCUAGAGAAAGAGAUGCUGAAUGGGCAGAAGCUGCAGGGGCCCCAGACAGCCCGGGAGCUACACAGCAUUCUCCAGCACAAAGGCCUGGUGGACAAGUUUCCCCUGUUCAUGGCUGUGUACAAGGUGUGCUACGAGGGCCAGCCAGUGGGUGAAUUCAUCCACUGCCUGCAGAAUCAUCCAGAACAUAUCUGAGCGAGGCCAGGGCCCAGGCGAGGCAGCUUCUUACCCCAGUGGAGACAGAUGGAAGUAUGGGCACCUCAUCACCAGGAUCUCCAGGACUCCCCAUGGAGCAGAGUCUUCUCAACUUUUCACUGGAGGACAGGAGGCUGUGGGGCCCAGCUACAUGCCUGGAGAUCCUGGACUGCCAAGCAGCCUGCAGCCUCUUACCACCAUGUUGCCAGAGAUGGAGUUGCCCUGUCCCUCUCCAGAUGUGGGGCUUUCUCUCUGUCCUCUGGGAGGGGUAGAAUCAAGCCCCAGUGCUGCCUACUUUGGGUUUGUGUACAUGGGGGAGGGUGGAGGGAGAAGAUGGCAGGGCAAGGGCCACAGUUGCUGCCUCAGACAGACUAGGAAUCCUGUCCCCAAGCCCAGUUAAGUGGCUAAAGAAGUCCCUUAGCCCCAGGAGCGAUGAGGCAAGGGCUGCCAGGGAGGGGCCUGGGCUUUUGAGAUGACAUAGGCCCCAGGGACCCUUGGCUGACCUCUGCUGUGCCCCACACAGCAUCAAUGGAUCUCAGUGUUUGUUAACAAAAUACAAAGAUCUCAAACAA